AAAUCGGUGGCUCCAGCCUGAGUGCCUCCAUCAUCAACGCCAACUACAACGCCAUAGCACUAGUACUACCAGCAGCACAUAGACAUGCCCCUCCUCGACCCCCUCUCGUCCGUGACCGUCGCCCUCCAGUCUGCAAAACUCACCCCCUCACUCGUCCCUCCCUCAUUUCUCCCCUCAGCACUCCUCUCCAUCGUAUGGCCCACUGGCAAAGAGGCCGUCCUCGGGAACGAGCUCACGGUGGGAGACACGACCGACGAACCCGCCAUAUCCUUUACCCCCAUGGUGAUCCCAGACUCUGUCGACGAUGCCAGCUACACGCUCGCCAUGGUCGAUCCAGACGCACCGUCGAGAGAUGACCCAAAGUACGGUCAGUUUAGGCACUGGGUGGUAACUGGCUUAAAAUCCCCCGCAGCUACUUCUUCUGAGACUACCCAUCUUAAUGCACUCCACACCAAACCUGCAACCACGCCUUACAGACCACCUGGUCCACGUCCUGGAAGCGGUGUACAUCGAUACGUAUUUCUCCUCUUUCAAGAGCCCACAUCUCCCCCUUUCUCUAUAGCUGCUGAUGCACCAGAGCAUGGUGCGGCGCUUGAGGAAAGACGAUCAUGGAACGCACUCGAUUUUGCAGAAAAGCACAAUAUGAAGUUGACUGCGGUUAACUUCUUUCAUUUAUCUUCUUCCGACUGAAUUGUAUCCUCAUACACUUGUAGCAAUAAUUCGAAAACCACGGACUCCUUAGCUAUCAUCGUAGUCAAUUGUAUCUCGUAUCACUCAUACCGUGUUUCUCAGUCAAGAUUAUGCUGUUGGGCAGAUCAUUC